CCACCCCAGGAUGGACGGGCAACCCUCCUUUCCUCUUUGGAGGAGGAUACUCCAGCUGUAAAGAAAAGGAAAUCCUAGGCGAGGUCUCGGCUGAUGCCUUCUGCAUCAGGAACUGGCACACCUCUUUGCUUCGGUCGAGACAUCCCGGAAGCCAGGUCCCUCCGGACUCGGGGAGGCCAUCUCCGGUGACGGGGCGGGAGGCGAAGGCUGCCGGGCGGAAGAAGGGCGGCGGGGCGCAGUUAGGUGCGGUGGGAUCAAUCAAAGGGGCUAGGCUUUCCCGCUCCCAAACGCCCAAAUCUUGGGACGCCUCUGGCUCGCUUGCGCUCUUCCCCCCCCCCCCCGACAGCGUUUAUCAACCCGCUUGACGUCAGAAGAAACCGUGGAGAUCUCCCGGAGAAAAGCCUAAAAAGCUCCUGCUCGGGCAGCGCAUACCUGACUGGUGGGCUCUCGGACAGGAGCAGGCGGGGCCAGACGGUGCUGGGCCACGAGGGAGAGCUAGAGGGAAGGGCCUCCCGAGCGCCCACCCGCCGGCUUCUCACGCAGGGCUCCGCGAGCGGAGGCUACAUGGAUCCCGGGAGUAGUGCCAGAGCUGUCUGAGCGGAGGCAAACCAAGCUUUUCUUGGCUGGGAUAAAUACAGUGAGCGAACAAGAAGAUCGAGGCACCCGAGCUUGUGCUAUGGAGCUCGGUCGGUCCAAAAGUAUCCCACCCUAUGCGGAUUUAGGUGGGAUGAAUUUGGAAAGGCUCCCCGACAACCUGCGGACCCCUGGGGCGCCCCACGACAUGGCUUCCGGCUUCCAUUUGCAGAGGUCUUCCGAAGGCAGAGAACAGAUCGAGAACUCGGCCAGCGAAUCGUCGGACACCGAGGUCCCAGAAAAGGAGGCAAGCGGCGUGCAGAAAAGCGAGGAGGGGAGCGCAGACGACCCGGCGAAGAAAAAGAAGCAGAGGCGCCAAAGGACUCACUUUACUAGCCAGCAACUGCAGGAACUGGAGGCCACUUUCCAGAGGAACCGCUACCCGGACAUGAGCAUGAGGGAGGAAAUCGCGGUGUGGACCAACCUCACGGAGCCCCGAGUCAGAGUCUGGUUCAAGAACCGGCGCGCGAAGUGGCGGAAGCGGGAACGCAACCAGCAGAUGGACCUUUGCAAGAACGGCUACGUGCCGCAGUUCAGCGGCCUGAUGCAGCCCUACGAGGACGUCUACCCGGGCUACCCGUCCAACUACUGGCACGCCAAGAGCCUGGCGCCCGCGCCGCUCUCCUCCAAGAGCUUUACCUUCUUCAACUCCAUGAGCCCGCUCUCUUCGGCCCAGUCCAUGUUCUCGGCGCCCAGCACGCUGCCCUCCAUGAGCAUGCCCUCCUCCAUGGGCCCCUCGGCCGUGCCCGGCGUGGCCAACUCCGGCCUCAACAACCUGAGCGGCUCGUCCCUCAACACGGCCAUGUCGACGCCCGCUUGCCCCUACGGCCCGCCGGGCUCUCCCUACAGCGUAUACAGGGACACUUGCAACUCCAGCUUGGCCAGCCUGAGGCUGAAGUCCAAGCAGCACUCGAACUUCGGCUACGGCAGCCUGCAGAGCCCCGGCUCCACUCUAAACGCCUGCCAGUAUAACAGCUGACCGGCCUCCGCCUCCUGAAAGGGACCGCGGCUGCGCUCAGGGGCAGGGAAACACGCCGGAGGAGGAAUGGGGAGGACGGACCGACGGACGGGCAGACGAGCCAUGGCUGGCGAGGAGAGAGAAAGAAAGAGAGACGGGCCCGAUCGGACCUAAAACACAGGGAUGAGUUGCAAUGUUUUGUGUUGUUGUUGUUGUUUUUCUCCUCUGGAUGAUGCGGGUUUUGUAUGCGUGUUUACUUGAACUUGCACAGGACUUUUCCUUCUAAACGAUCGUCCACUUUAUACGACCAGAAGAUACGGUAACGGUGGAGGCGGGCGGGUGUCGAGGGGAACCGGGGGGGGGGGGAGAGAGAGAGAGAGAGAGAGAGAGAGAGAGAGAGACGGAAGAGUGACGUUGCUGAUUAGCUCCGAGCGCCCUUCGGGUGGGGCUCCCUUCGGUGAGGAAAGGAGGCGGGGCUCCAGGUUCGCCCCUUCGGGCCGGGCUGGGCGGGGCGGAGAUCGUUCGACGGGGAGGCGUCGUCGGUGCAAAUCUGAAGGAAACCCUCCGAGCCAAUGUGGCACCAGCAGGGCGAGCCGCUACUACGAGGCUAUGUUUAUCUUCGCUUUACCGGUGAAUAGGCGGUUGUUCUGCAAUGUGUGACUCUCGAUGGGAUUUGUUUCUCAAGCUGAAAGCGUCGGGGAUCCUACCAUUCCUAGCACUGCAGUUCGCGGCUGAAAAGGUUCCUUUUCCUACCUCUCAUUCUUUACUAAGACUGCAGCACGGUACCCCUCUAGUCUCUCUACAAAAAAGAAACUUUAUAAAGACAGCCCCCCCCCACCUCCCUUUCAGAGUCUUACCCUGAUAAUCAAAUUAUCGUCCGUCCUUAUUUAAAGGAUUUUUUUUAAUUUAAAAAAUGAGAAAGGAAAGAAUUCUCGUAGAGAAUCUAGGGGAAAUAUUAAGAAAGAAAAGACAGAAAAGGAGCAUCAGAAAAUACUGCCUCUUAAAUAAAGGAGAGGAAUGGGUAAAAUAAAUAUGGGGCGUGGGGGGGGGGAAUUAAAUUACUUUGUUUCUCCAGUUUUGGAUUUAAAUAAAUCAAUACAAGCAAGAAACCCAAACAAGAAAUCUUUAAAAAGAUGUUAUGUGUUAAGUGUAGAUAAUACUUAAAAGGAUUUUUUUGUUGGAAAAUUUUAAAAAUAUGAAAAUGAUUAAUAUCUUUAAAUAUUAAUACGCAUACAAAACACAUAUGAAGUUUUCUCGCAGACAUACUUGUUGCUUCUUCCUGUUGAUACUUAUUACCUGUAGAUGACAAAGAAACAUAAUAUAAAUGCACAAGGUACUUCUUUCCCAGUGUAUCCCCACCUGUGAUAACCGUUACGCUGGAUGUUUCAAUAAUGCUGUUGUGGAGGAUGCAGUAUAUAUAUUGUUUUAUAAGUUAUGUUUUCGUGAUUUUUUUGAAAAUUAAGAGCAUGGGAAUAAAAAAAAACCUCUUCAA